CUGCGACAAUACUUUGAUUGGUUUUGAUUCAGCGUAGGCCUUUGAAUUCAUUCAAUGGAAGAUUGUUGUAAUUCUUUGUUUUUAGUAAAAAGUCAAGGCAAUCCUGUCUUUUCCAGGCCCCCCACUACUUUUUGAAGUUGUACAAUGCUAUCCCACUAGCUAGAAAAUUUUAGGCUAUGACUGUUGGCAAGUAGUCGUUGAUCCCAGUGUUUCCCGCUUUAGAUAUUUUGGAGAAUUUUUUCGCUGUAAUUGACUUUGUUGAUGGUGGAGACGCCAUUCGUCAUCUCUGAUCGUCUGUUUUGAGUCUUCUAUUGCCUGUACCUCCAAAGAUCAAAAACAAUGGCGAACCGUGCUAAUAAGGAUGCGAAAUCUGUGCACAGCGUGCAGAACCCUAUGCUCUUGCUGUCGAACAUCGUCCGACCUAAGAUUUUAGAGGACACUUUCUGGAAAGAGUUUUGUUUCGCACUGAAUGCCGCAGACGUAGUAGACGUUUGUAUCGAUCACGUUCGAUGCGUUGGUGCGACUUAUGGCGGAAGACGAAGACCCAGUACUUAAUACUUUGUGUUUGUUUGCUUUCGUUGUUUUUUGUAGUUGUAUUGGAUCACACCCUCAUAGAUCGAUGCAACGAGUUGGACUAAAAACGUAAUUCUAAACUCCUAUCGAGAGGAAAUUAGAAUACGUACUAUAAAUACUCAAAUUUCUCAAGCCCGACCUAAAACUUCCACUUCUCAACAGGUAAAUUUCUUUGCCUGUUGCUCAAAUUGCUUCAGUUGCAGCCUGACUUGGAGAUAAUAAAGGCUUAUGUAGCACAAAAGGAGUUUCGAUAUUUGAGGUGUUUAGGGGCCACCUAUUUGCGCAUGGUUGGAGAUCCUGAGACAAUUUAUACGACACUAGAACCCUGGUUUUCAGACGCAAGGAGGGUGUGCAAGCGCAAUAUUGACGGGAGCAUCACGAUCACACACAUGGACGCGUUUUUGUUAUGAGCAGAUUGAAGAGGAAUUCAAAGAUUAGAUCAUACACAUGCUAACUUUAUUAUUUCUAUCUUCCUCUGGUCUUUCUUUUUCCUAGUUAGAUUGGCUCCACCCAUAUUUUUAUUCUAAUCGUUGAUAGUUUGUUUGAAGAUGAAUCGAAAGGGUACAACCGUUUCUGGAUGUUUUCUGCUCAAGCAUAAUACUAUCCAAGUAUCUUUCUAGUGAAACGAGUACUUGCCUCCUGGUCUAAGCCCUCACGAGCUUCUCUGGGAACGCCAGCUGAUAGACGAUGUGGCUUUUUACGAGUUGCCAACGAGAGUAAAAAUGGAGGAGUUGGAUAGGUUGGAACCAUAUGAAAGUCCUCUGGCGGACGAAUUGGAGCAAUUAGAGCUGGAGAAAAACAUCAAAGAAGACGAGGAAGCCAGACAAAGGAGAAGAGAAGCCGACAGAGCCGAAAGACAGAGAAAGCGAGAGGCAGACGAAGCGGCGAGGAAAGCGUACUCUAUUGAUGUUUGAAGCAUUAUUCGUAUGUUCUUGAGGAUUGAAGAAAGUAAUGAAGUUCUUGUAUAAGCAAUUUCAUUUUUUUUUUCAAAUUUUCUUUUCCAAAUUUCCUUCAGGCGACGGGAAGCGCGUCUACGACGACUGGCCAUUGCCCACGGACCCGAGCUUCCGCCGCCGCCAAAACCGGAAGGCGCUGUUGAUGUCACUGAGACAAACGGACGGCCUGAGGAUGGUGUCCCUGCGCAACCUGAGGACGCCUCUUCCGGAGCUAAGAAGGAAGACAAUAAAGACGGCGAUGGUAAAGAAAAAGAUGGUAAAGAAGGAGGUAGUGAGGAAAGCGGUAGCUCUUCUAGUAGUGAUAGCAGCGACGAUGAGGAUGGGGGUAAAAAACGCAGAAACAAGAGUGGCAAGGACAGUGGGCCACAGGAAGAAGAAGAUAAGGAUAAAGAUGUCGAUAAGGACAAAGAUAGAGAUAGACGCACCACUAGUAGGAGAGGAGACUCGAGACGGCGUCGUCACAGGGAUGACUCUAGGAGAAGGAGACGGCGUGGUGGCAGGAGUAUGGAUAGUAGGAGAAGGAGACGGCGCGACGACUCUCGGAGAAGAAGACGGCGUGAUGACAGUCGCGAUCGAAAACGGGAUCCUAGCAAGAAAGAAGACGAUCGGAAAGAGGACAAGAAAGAAAGCGACGAAGAAGUGGUUCUUGUCAAUAGUAAAAAGAAGAAGGAACAAGAGAAGAAAGAACGGGAGGAACAAAGGAAAAGGGAUGCUAGCAGUGCCUCUGAUGGAAGUUCCUCUGACGGUGAUAGAAAAAGAAGAAGUCAUCGAAACGACGACCGAAAGGACAGAAAACGUGCGAGAAGGAGGUCGUCAUCUUCGGAGUCUAGUUCGGAAGAGAAACCCCGUCGUGACAACAAAAGAAGGGAUCAUCGAAGCAGCAAAAAUGAUGAUCGCGACAGCAAGAAAGCUACAAGUAGGGAUGAAGCUGCUGUUAACAACAAGUCUGCUUCUGCUUCUAGUAGUACUGCUCAACAACAAAAUCGAAAGGAUGAUAGCACCGCUACCUCUACUAAGAGUAAGAAGCCUAAAGGCCCCUUUAUAAACUUUGUGCAGCCUCCUUCUGUCUUAAGAGCACAAGCACUAGAACCUGUAGAGGAAGAAGUCCAAGCGCCUCCAAAACGCGCUCGGAAUCCAGAUCUACCCUCUGAAGACGACCGAAGCGACGACGAGCACCGUUACUUCUCCAACAACGCGUGCGCAGGUGCCGGCAGUAAGCGUGAUCCGAACAAGACCGCACUCUUCGGUGCGAAAGCGAGAGUAGAGAAGAAGGAGCGGAAGAAACAACGUGCUGCAGAGCGAGCUGAGAAGGAGGCGGAGCAAGAAAAGGCGAACCGUGGCAAAGAGUAUACGAAAGAACAACUUGAAGAGAUCGCCUUGGAGAACCAGCGUAGAGCUGAACUUGGAAUCAAACCACUGCGCCUGUAACCGCCUCAGCACAUCAUGUCCAAACCACUGCGCUUGUAACCGCCUCAGCACAUGGAGAUGGGACAUUUAACGCAGCGCGCACCCCACUCACACAUGAGCGACUCUCUCCCUCUACACCCCCUUUUGAAGAACUUCGCAAUCCCCUUUCUAGUAAGGUCUACGAAGGUAGUCCUAUGCGGAGUGUUUAUGAAACGACUCUCUUCACCGCAGCGCGCCUAAUACAAAGACCGUGUGAG